GCACCUGAACAAAGCCUUCAUGAUCAGGAAACGUGGGGCCAUCAUGAUACAGAGAUCACAUAUUAAGAAUGGUGAUUUGCUCAGACCAAGCAAAGGAUACUUGUGUCGGCUAAACAUGGCCCAGGAGAAGAAACCCUCAAGAAACUCCUUAAUUACCACCUCAUAAUUAACCCAAUAUAUGCCCAUAUCAUUGUCUUUCCUCCUCCUCCUCCUCCUCCAGCAUCGUCACCAUUAUCAACAACAGCAAGAUUGAUAAUAAUCUCUCACAUAUAAAUACAUGGGGAAUUGUGUGUUCAAAGGAUUUAGCUUAGAAGUAGAAGAAAUGGUAAAAGUUGUGACACCAAAUGGUGGUAUCAUGGAGUUGUACUCACCCAUCACAGCAGAGUGCAUAACCAACGAGUUUCCUGGGCACGCCAUCUACCGUAGCCGUGACCUCUUCUCUCAACCUCUCUUCCACAAUGAAGAACUCCACGGCGGCCAACUCUACUACCUUCUCCCUGUAAACACCAGCACUACCUCAUUGAACAAUACAAACAACAACAGCAUAAAUUCUUUGUCUUCUUCUACUUCAUCAUCCAAACUUACGCCUUAUCGGAUGUCGACGUUUGAUAAUCAGAGGAUGUUGAAGCGAUCAUCGACGGAAGCUGAGGUGUUUCCAAGGUAUAAUAGCACAGGGGUUUGGAAGGUUAAGCUAGUGAUAUGCCCCGAGCAGUUGGCAGAGAUACUGGCACAAGAGACACGGACUGAGGAGUUGAUAGAGAGUGUGAGGACUGUUGCUAAGUGUGGAAAUGGGGUCUCUUCUUCACUGGGUAACUCGGAUCAAUCAAGUUUAUCUAGUAGCCGGAAAGGAUCUUCGGAUCAGAAAUUCAGUAGGGAUAUUUAAUUCGUGCAUAUAAUAAAUAUAUGGAGAGAUUGCUUUACUCU